UACAAAUCAUUUAAGCUUGGCACAGAGAACACCACCGCCAUGGCGGCGCUCCUCUCUCUCUUCCUCCUCUUCUGUUUCCUUCCCUCUCGUUCCCUCUCCCUCACCCAAGAUGGCCUUCACCUCCUCGACGCCAAGAGCUCCCUCGACGACCCCGACAGCUCCCUCUCCGACUGGAGCCCAUCGGACGCCACCCCCUGUAACUGGACCGGCGUCACCUGCGCCUCGCCUCCCCUCUUCCCCGCGGUCACCGCCCUCGACCUGUCGGACCUCGGCCUUGUCGGACCAUUCCCUUCCCCGCUCUGCCGCCUCCUCGACCUAUCCUCUCUCUCCCUCUCGCUCAACUCCCUCAACUCCUCCCUCUCCUCCUCCUCCUUCCUCGGCUGCUACUCCCUCACCCGCCUCGACCUCUCGCAGAACUUCUUCACCGGGCCUCUCCCCGCCUUCCUUCCCUCCCUCCUCCCGCGCCUCUCAUAUCUCGACCUCUCCGACAACAACUUCUCUGGUCCGAUCCCUUCUUCAUUCGGGCAGUUCGCCUCUCUCCGUAGCCUCUCUUUGGUUGGCAAUCUUCUCUCCGGUCCCGUGCCUGCUUUCCUCUCCAACCUCUCCUCUCUUCACGAACUCAACCUCUCUUACAACCUCUUCACUCCCACGCCACUUCCUCCUUCGUUGGCCAACCUCACCUCGCUUCGCGUCCUCUGGCUCGCUAGCUGCAACCUCAUCGGUAGCAUUCCGCCGUCUCUCGGCCGCCUUUCCAAUCUCACCGACCUCGACCUGUCUUACAACUCGAUCUCCGGGGACAUCCCCAAUUCCCUCGCCGUCCUCUCCUCUGUCGUCCAGAUUGAGCUCUAUUCCAACCAUCUCACCGGUCCCGUUCCCAGCGGCCUGUCGAACCUCACCGAGCUCCGGCUCUUUGAUGCCUCCAUGAACCAGCUAUCCGGGCAGAUACCUGAAGACGUAUUUCUUGCUCCCAGCCUCGAAAGUUUCCACCUUUACGAGAAUAACCUCACCGGAGCAAUCCCUUCCACCAUCACCCGCUGCGACAACCUCGCGGAGCUCCGGCUGUUCUCGAACCAGCUUGACGGGCCUCUCCCAGCCGACUUUGGCAAGAAUUCUCCACUGAAGUUCGUCGAUCUUUCGGAUAAUCUCCUCUCGGGAGAGAUUCCGGCUGGGAUUUGUGGUGGUGACAUGCUGGAUCAGCUUCUUUUGCUUGACAACAUGUUCUCCGGUUCUCUGCCGGAGAGCCUAGGCCAGUGUUCAACGCUUACGCGAGUCCGACUGCUGAACAACCAUCUCUCCGGCGAGGUUCCCUCUGCUUUCUGGGGCUUGCCACAUGUAUGGCUUCUCGAGCUUGCUGGGAACUCCUUCACCGGUGGUAUAUCCCCGGCAAUCUCCGGCGCCACCAAUCUCUCUAAACUCGUGAUAUCUAACAAUCAAUUCGAAGGUCGAAUCCCAGAAGAAAUGGGAGCUCUGUCAAAUCUGUAUGAGUUCUCUGCUGCCAAUAACCGGUUGACAGGGCCGCUCCCUGAAGGGCUCGUGAACUUUGCAUCGCUCGGGCUGCUUGAUCUCCAUAACAAUUCCCUCUCGGGCGAGCUCGUUAGCGGAGUUCGAUGGUGGAAAAAGCUCAUCCGGUUGAACCUCGCCAACAACGAGUUCACUGGCUCGAUACCCCCUGAACUGGGCGACCUCCCGGUGCUCAACUAUCUCGACCUCUCCGGAAACCAGCUUACCGGGACGAUCCCCCUUGAGUUGCAGAACUUGAAGCUUAACGACUUCAACCUCUCAAACAAUCAGCUUUCCGGUACUCUGCCUCCCCAGUUCGCAACGCGGAUCUAUGAAAACAGCUUCUUGGGCAAUCCGGGACUGUGCGUCGACGUGAAUGCGCCUUGUGCCGGUCAAAGAAGAGGUGGCAACUCUAUUCGCUAUGGAUUCCCUUGGCUGCUUCGAUCAAUCUACAUCCUCUCCGCUUCGGCCCUUGUUGCUGCAGCGGCCUGGUUCUACUGGAAGAACCAGAGUUCCAAGGAGGUGAAUCGUGCUUCGGAAAAGCCCAACUGGAUGCUCACUUCUUUCCACAAACUGGGUUUCAGCGAGUACGAGAUCGCGGGCUGCCUGGACGAGGACAACGUGAUCGGUAGCGGUGCUUCCGGGAAGGUCUACAAGGCAGUGCUCAGCAAUGGAGAGGUCGUGGCAGUGAAGAAGCUCCGGGAAACGCCCGGGAAGACCGAUGUCUUCCAAAGCGUGGACGACGGAUUCGAGGCCGAGGUUGCCACUUUGGGGAAGAUCAGGCACAAGAACAUCGUCAAGUUGUGGUGUUGUUGCACGCACAAGGACUGUAAGCUGCUGGUUUACGAGUACAUGCCCCAUGGGAGCUUAGGCGACCUGCUGCACGGCAGCAAGGGCCGGCUGUUGGACUGGCCGACGAGGUACAAGAUCGCGGUGGACGCUGCCGAGGGUCUGUCGUAUCUACACCAUGACUGCGUUCCUCCGAUCGUUCACAGAGAUAUUAAAUCGAACAACAUCUUGUUGGACGAUGAAUUCGGGGCCAAAGUGGCAGAUUUUGGCGUUGCAAAGGCCAUCGUCGGCAAGGAUCCAAUGUCCAUGUCCAUCGUCGCUGGUUCGUGUGGAUACAUCGCACCAGAGUACGCAUACACACUCCGCGUGAACGAGAAGAGUGAUAUAUACAGCUAUGGCGUGGUCAUUCUGGAGCUCGUCACGGGGAGACGUCCGGUGGAUCCCGAGCUGGGAGAAAAGGACUUGGCGAGAUGGGUGCAGAGCACGGUGGAGCAGAGGGGAGUGGACCAUGUCCUCGACCCCAAGCUCGACGUGUGCUACAAGGACGAGAUGUGCAAGGUCCUUGACAUUGGCCUCCUCUGCGCCAGCAUCUUGCCCAUCAGUCGUCCGUCGAUGAGGACGGUCAUCAAGAUGCUGUUCGAGGUGGGUUCUGAGAACAAACAGCUCAAGCCUGCAGAGGACCGCAACCAGGUCUCCUUGCUGCCAUGAAGAUGCCUAUGGUCGUGGGGACUUUUCCUAGACGUGGCUGCGGAGGCAAAAACGCCCAUGGUUUUGGCAAUUGCAAGAAGGUUGCUGAUCCAGAAUCCCUAUGCCCGGGUAGUAAACAUAUACUAUUAUAUAAAAAAAUUUAAUAUCAAAUUUUAAAAUUAAAUAAUAAUAUAUAUUUAAAUUUACGAU